UUUACAUGAUAAAUCAUUUUUGUAUUUAUAAUGCAAUUAUAAAUAAAUGUAGAGUGAAUAGAAUCGGCUAAGUACAAAUUCAAGUGGAUCGGUUGAUAUAGGUUAAUUGUUAAAAAAGUACAAAUAAGCAAACACAAAAUUGAGUCCAUUACCAUUGGAAUAAUUUGAAUAGGUAGCCUUAGAUAGUAAAAUUGAUCUUUUAUAACAAUUGCCAGACAAUGAUAUAACUUAAUUUUUAGGAUUUAAAGAACUCAAUUAGGGAGCUGUAAGUGAAUUAAAACGUUCAUUAUUAUAAUCAAAAAGAAUGUGGAAUAAUUAUAGUUAGACAUUAUUUACUGAAGAAUAGUCAGAUUAACAAAAAUAUUAUACAUCUAGAAAAAUGUAAUUAAUUCAUAAUCGAGAUACAUUCAGAUAAAUCAAAGAAAAAUAUAAGAAACAAGAAGAAACAUAAAUUGAAGAAGUAAGAAAAUACUUUUAAAAAAUUCAAUCAAAAAGUCCAGGAGUGAAAUCAUAUCCUUCAUUAUAAUAUUAAGACUUAUAGAGGAUUGAAUAAAUACGUAGAUAGAUAAGGUAGGGUAAUUAAAGUGAAUUAAUAACUAAAAGUAAAGAUGCUGAAUAAUUAUAAAGAAGAUUAAAUGAAUCGUUAAUCAACGAAAUUAAAAUAAAGAAAUAAUGUGUAUAUAUAUAUAAAGAUACUAAUUUAAAUUGGUAGCCAUGUUCUAGAAAUGCAAGUACAAUGUUAUCUUAUGAUCAUAAAUUAUAUUUAUAUGGAGGAGCAGGUUCUAAAUAAACUGAAGAUUUUUGUUAUGCAAAUAUUGACAAAUGUAAUAAAGAUAUUAAUUAAUUGUUUUUAGAAAAAUAUAAAUGGAAUUAAAUUAAAUUAGAUGAAAAGUAAUCAAAUGGAUAUCGAGGUAAUCAUUCAGCAGCAAUAUAUAAAAAUUUUAUGAUCAUAUUUGGUGGUGAAGUACAUUAAAUAGUUAAUGAUAAAAGAAUAAGUAGUGAAAUAACCAGUGAUAUUAAAAUAAUUAAUUUAAGUAAUCAAAUUCUAAUUAUUAUUUUAGUUACCUAUGAAUUGAAAGUAUUCAAAUAGACUGGCAUAAUACCUCCAAGAAAAUGUCAUAUAGCAGAAGUCAUUGGAAGAAAUAUGAUUAUUUAAGGAGGGAUUGAUAUUAAAGGAUAAUAUUUAAGAGAUGUAAUAGCUUAUGAUAUUGGUACACAAAGAUGGUCUUAAGUUUUAACAGAAUAACAUGUUUGUUUUCCUGAUGGAGUAGCUUUUCAUAAAUCUUGUGCAGUCUUUCAUAAUACCCAAAUAGAAUUAUAUAAAAAUGAUCCUGAAAUUAAAUUCAAUUAUUAAGGACUCUUUAUAUUUGGUGGUUUUGAUAAAAAUGGUCAUUAUUUAGAUAAAAUGAUUAAAAUAGAUAUCACUACUAAACCUAUUAAUUUUGAAUAGGUUUAGACUAAAGGACUUUCACCAAGUAAAUUUUUAUUUUACUUUUAGUUGGUCGUUGUUAACAUUCUAUGAAUUAUUUAGAACAAUAUUAAAUUAUUGUUAUAUAUGGAGGUAAAAACGAUGAUCUUAAUAUUAAUGGUUUUUUAAAUGAUAUUCAUUUACUUGAUAUGAAAACUUUAACUUGGAUUAAUGUUGAAAUUAAAGGAAAUUAAGUUGCUGGUAGAUGUGGACAUACUUCUGCUUGUAUAGACUCUAAAUUAUAUAUCUUUGGCGGUUGUAAUUAUUCAGGUUUUCUUAAAAGCGAUCUUCUUAUUAUUGAAUUGGAUCCUAUUCAAGCAUAAUAAUUUGGAUAAUAAGAUAUAAUUAUUGAAAAGCCAAGAAAAUCCUAAUUAAAAGUUACAUUUAAGAAAUAAAUACAAAAAGAUCACAUUUAAGAAAUUAAAGAAAAAAUAGAUUAAAUAUGUUUGAAGCCUUAAAAAUAAAGUCUAUUCUUACCAAAACCAAGAAGAUUAAGUGAUUUACUUAAUUCAUUAAAUUUAAAAGAACUUAUCUCAUAAAAUUAACAAGAUAAAGAUAAAGAAUAAUAAAAAUCAAGUAGAGGUUCAAAUAGGUAAUCACCAAGAAAAGAAACUCCUAGAAUUCCUAUUAAAAAUAUUAAAAGAACUCUGACAACAAUAAUUAAUUCAAGUUGA